CCAUUUCCUUCUCAACUCAAAAAUCCCAUUUCAAUAAUCACCAAGAAUUGCUGAAUCUCCUCUUCUCCUCUCUAAAUCUCACUAACUCAAAGCAAAAUGAUCACCCCCGUGAAACUUAUCAAGAUGGCAAGGAGGUGGGAAAGUCUAGCUGCCCUAAAGAGGAAAAGAAUUUCAUUACAAAGAAACCAUGGUAGUGCGAGUACUAGCGGUAGCAACAUGUCAACAGUGGCGGAUAAGGGCCAUUUUGUUGUCUACACUGCUGAUCAAAGACGUUUCAUGUUUCCUAUUUCAUACCUUAACAACAACAUUGUUAGAAAACUCUUGGUAAUGUCUGAGGAAGAAUUUGGCCUGCCGGGCGACGGACCGAUCACAUUACCAUGUGAUGCAGUCUUCAUGGAAUAUGUAUGUUCUUUGAUCCAAGGAAGAGUCGAAAAAGAAAUGGAAAAGGCUAUGCUUAUGUCAGUAACUAGUAGCAGAUCAUGUUCAUUAUCUUCCUGUCCCAGUCAAGGGCAAGCUAGCCAGCAGUCUUUAGUAUGUAGUUUCUGAUCGAGAGUAUCACACAAAUUUUAUAAUAGUGAAUAGACUUUCAAAAACGCCAACCAAACUUUCUUUUUGCUUGAUUAUUAAUUAAUUAUUUUUCUCGAAUAAAAUGAAAGCAUCAAGGAAUAGCAUGAAAUCACUAGAAGUUAGUUAGAUUCUAAUCAAAUAAAGCUUCUUUAGAUUCAUUCAAAGGGAACCCUUGAGACAUCAAUUUUUCUAUUGCAUUCAAGUUCCAUUGUGCGUUACCACAAAAAUAUAUAUACCGAAAGCUCUGUUUAUCUA